GCAUGCGUGGGAGGAGGGCUCCGGUUAUGUAUGCUUAGCUCCAGGGACAGAAUAGAAAUGACCCCUGAGUGGGGAGGGAGCUACUCGCUUGUUAAUCAACUUCUUAUUCCCUUCUCAGCCCUCGACAGCCUGUCCGUCAUGGACCUCGCCGGCACCUCCUCCAGCUUUCAGUCGGACCUGGAUUUCUGUCCGGAUUGCGGCUCGGUCCUGCCUCUGCCCGGGGCUCAGGAUACGGUCACUUGUACUCGCUGUGGCUUCUCCAUCAACGUGCGAGACUUCGAAGGGAAAGUUGUGAAGACCUCAUUUGUGUUCCACAAACUGGGGACAGCCAUGCCUAUGUCGAUGGAGGAAGGACCUGAGUUCCAGGGACCCGUGGUUGACAGGCGCUGCUCUCGAUGUGGUCACGAGGGAAUGGCAUACCACACCAGACAGAUGCGCUCAGCUGAUGAAGGGCAGACUGUCUUCUACACCUGUACCAACUGCAAGUUUCAGGAGAAGGAAGACUCUUGAUUUUUUUUUUCUGGACGACUCAACAAUCCCUUCCUCUCUUCUUCCUUGGAAGGUGAAGGAUAUUGGGUUCUCAGAUCCUUUGUCCAUCCCCUGUUUGCAGUGUUUUGCUCCCAGAGGAGAAGAUCAUCAUAUGGGGAUUACCAUUGUCUCCAGAGUACUCCUACCUUUAGUUGAGUUUCCUUAUUAAAGUUAUAUUUUUAUAUAAGA